AUUGUCAAUAUUGGUCUAGAUUAUUCAACCUAAAGUAAUGUUUGGUUACAGUCACAUGUUCCAACUGACAUUUGGAAAUACUGUGUUGUUCAAGAACGAUAAGGAAAUGAAACAACAAUGUACUUCAUGUAUUUUGGUUGUUAAAGAACAUGUGCUGAAUAAGUGAAAAAUAUGAAAACUAAGUCUACUUCACAAAAGGGUUGGCAAACUGCACACAAUCUGGCCAUCAGUUCAAUUGUCAUUUUCAGGACAGCAAAUCAAACUUCAUGGCGCAUUUUUUAUUAAAACACUGUCAUAAACAAUUGAAAAACAUCUGGUCAUCUCAUGCAGUACCCUUUCAAUCAUCCAAAAUAGAAGUUUAAUAGUAUAGUUUUUCGAGGAAACUAACAUGAACAUAAAAACUAUUAAUACCAACAACAUUUAAUCUAUUUUCCACUUGUAGGACAUCUGGUCCUCUUUGUAGUUGCCAAUAAGCCCAUGAUAUAAGGAGCCCUGGGGUUUCUAGAGUUUUCACAGAGGACUUCGCCAAGCCCCAGGAUGGCUGGAUGUGGCAUGCUCUCCUUCAUUUUCGUCAUCUUUGUGCCUGUCCUUACCUUAGGGUGUACGGACACAGAGUACUACAACUACUACGAUGAACUGGCCCAAAGCAUCUGUACGGCUGCCUCCAGCCGUCCAGCAUAUGUCUUUGCACUACGUCGGGACUGUCAGGGGACUGCCCCCACCUGCAAUGAUAUCUGCCGGUCUGCCCGAGCAGAUAUGAGGGCAGCAAUCAACAACCAAGCAAGUGUUGCUGAGUGCUUUGAUGCUGUGCACGUCACCAAGAAUCGGCCGUCACUUCUACCCAACCCCACCGGCCUCCAGCCUGAUGCUGGCAGAGUUGGCCUGGUGACAUAUCGCUACCACCAGGGCGGCUGCAGCUGGAGACCCAACCACUGCGGACCCAACUACUGUUGCUGCCGGAUGCGCUAAUAAUUCUUCUGGUACAACACUUCUGUUAGAGAGUUGCAAGUCAGUGCAACAUCACUUAGAUUUACCUCAGACAUAUUAUCAAUAAAGCAUUAUGCAUGAAAGCUGAA